UGAGACCCAAGACGUGAUAGGCACGUCGUUGAAGCCGGCAUGUACACCUAUGCGUAAUGCAGGUUCCAGAGACGAGCUGAGCUUGUUCAUCUCCACUACCUUUUCAACGUGCAUAUUAUCUCUUCAAUUUUUAUUUCAACUAACUCGAUCUUGUUUCUAUCUUUUUCAUCAAUCUAGCUACCAUGGCAAUCUAUGGCAAUUUUCUCCUCUCCUUGAUAAUAAUCUCUCAACUCUAUCUCACCUCAACUCAACUCACCCCAAGCAUCCUAGACAAUAACAGCCCUUCUUCAGACAUCUCCCUAGUACCUGCACCAGCACCAGCACCUGCACCUUCCUCUAACAUCUGCAAUGGUAUAUGGCUCUCGUAUCGUUGGCGGUCCGGCAAGAAACUCCACCCUCUUAAGGUUCUCCCUAAACAGCCUUAUAGCUUUAAAUCAGACCUUACUAUCCUUAACAAUGAUUACGUAGAGCUCAAGUCAUGGCAAGUUUAUGUAGGGUUUCAAAAUGAAGAACUUGUUGUUUCUGCUACCAAUGUUCUUAUCACAAAUGGUUCAACUCUCCCUGCCCUCGUUGGUGAAGGAACUGUGUUUUCAGGGUUCCCGGUUGAGGAUCUUAAGACUGGGAUUCAGACUGCUGGAGAUUUAGAACAGAUGAAGGUUAAGAUUGAGUUUGAAGGCACACAGUUUGGUGUUGCUCCUCCUGAUGUUCCUUUGCCUCAUAAUAUUAGUCUUGUUAAUGAUGGUUAUAUUUGCCCUGAGCCUUUUCAAGUUGGUAUGUUUCUUAUAUCCUCUCUCUCUCUCUUUUGUUUUUGCAAGUCUAUUUUAUUGGGUUGUGAAUAAAGUAU